CCAAACCCUAAUCAUGGAAUCCAAAUGCCUCAUGCUAUUAGUUCUGAUCACAACACUUUUAUUAGCUCCAAUUUCAUCUGCCACUGUUGCUCCAAAAAACACAUAUUCUACAUUCGUCAAAACCUCAUGCAGCUCCGCCACUUACCCCGCCGUCUGCAUGAAAACCCUCCUCCCCUAUGCCUCCGCCGUCAAGACUAACCCAUUUAAACUGGUUAACGUCGCCCUCUCCACUACCCUCAAAUCCGCCAACGCCACCCUUUCCACCGUCUCCCAGUUAUCCAAAAACAAACAGAUCACCAAAUGGGAGGCCGCAGUCCUUAAAGAUUGCAUUGGUGACAUUAAAGACAGCAUGAGUGAAAUCAAAGACACCCUCAAGGCGAUCUCUGGUCUUCCUAAAUCUGCCGAUAAGCGUUUUGUGAUCUCUAAUGCUCAGACGUGGGCCAGCGCCGCCAUCACCGAUGAGAAUUCAUGCCUUGAUGGGUUUUCCGACAGGAAGGUCAGUCCGGCCAUUAAGAAGAAGAUAAAAAACAGCAUUGUAAGUCUUACAAGGGUUAGCAGCAAUGCUUUGUAUCUUAUCAACCACCUUACGGUUUGAAAUCUUUAAUUCAAAAACAUCCUACUGAGUUUUGCUUCUUGUUUUUGCAUCAAUAAGAUUAAUAUCUAGUUUUUGAUAGCUAGAUUUGAUGUUUGUAAAUUACGUAAUAUAAUCUCUACGAUCUACGUAACUUCAUUGCUUUGUGUUCUGAUUACUCUUUAUUAUUUAUGUGAAUUAAUUGAUUAGUUAAAAGUA